UGGCUCAAUCGGUUUCUGCCUACUAUAACAGGAGACGUUGUUCUUGUAAAUACUGCUUUCAAGUUUAACAAUUCCCUGGCUUCUGAGUGUUUAAAUUCUCCCCUGCUUGCUUCCGUAGCUGACUUUGAUGAAUCUAAGUCCCCCAGCGUAGAACAGCUGGAUACACUGAAAGAGUUUGCUGGAAUCGCUGCCGGAGCCUCAGCUCCUGAGAGCCUUGCUACACUUGCCUUUCUGUAUAUGUGCCUGGCUAUUUCGGCUAAGUAUGGAGAUGUUCCGAGUGUGGACAUACUGGUGUGGUCUGAGCUGCCCACGGGAGCCGGGCUGGGUUCAAGUGCCGCCUAUGCUGUUUGCUUGGCGGCGGCCCUGCUGACGGCGUGCGGAGCCAUCUCGUGCCCUCUGAAGGAGGGAGAGUCCACAGCCAGGUGGACAGAAGAAGAGCUGAAUUUGAUUAACAGCUGGGCCUUCCAAGGGGAGCGGGUGAUCCAUGGCAAUCCCUCGGGUGUGGAUAAUGCUGUUGGUACCUGGGGUGGAGCCCUGAGAUACCAAUCAGGAAAAAUCACACCAUUAAAGAGGGUGCCGACGCUGAGGAUCUUGCUGACCAACACAAAAGUCCCUCGAAGCACCAAGGUCCUGGUGGCUGGUGUCAAAGAGAAGAUGCUGAAGUUCCCUGCUAUAAUGAACCCGGUGCUGGACUCCAUCGAUGCAAUUUCUCAGGAGUGCCAAAGUGUUCUGGAAGCGAUGCCUGCAAAUCCAUCACCAGAGUAUUACCCUGUGCUGGAGGAGCUCUUUGAUAUAAAUCAACACCACUUAAACGUGAUCGGAGUCGGCCAUCCUUCCCUGGACAGGCUGUGUCGGGUGACGGCGUCCCACGGCCUGCAUAGCAAGCUGACCGGGGCUGGUGGGGGCGGCUGUGGCAUCACCCUGCUGAGACCAGACACCUCCCCGCUGGCCGUGGAAGCAGCCAAGCGAGACUUAUGUGCCUGUGGAUUUGAAUGCCGGGAGACCAAUAUCGGGGCCCCUGGAGUGACCCUGCACUCCUCCUCGUCUUUAAACGCUGAAGUGCUCCACGCGCUCUCCGAGAGUUAAGCUUCUGCCUCUGGCAAGACUGAGCUCUUGGCACCGUGUCCUCGGAGCGAUAGCUGUGCAUGCCCAGAUGCCUGGAAACUUCUCUCCUGCUCUCCUGUGUGGCUGCGGGCCCCUAGUUGCAGGUGCGGAGCCAAUUUUGGGCCUGGUGUCACUGGGAGUGGGGGCUACGAUGAGGACCCCGGAACAAUUGCUUGCACUUGGGCUAGGUGCGAGUUUGACCCAGGCUCUCAAAAUCCUGUUUUGAAUUUACUUACUCAACUGCUGUGCUAAUCCCAAGGGGCAGGAGGAGAGGGUCUUGGCUGAAUUCCAGCGUGGAUAAUGACACUUUGCUUGGUUCUGCUGCUUC